ACGCGUUAACAUUUUUAUUUUUUAUUUGAUAUAUUCGAAUAGUUUUUUAUGGAAAAACUAUUCGGUCAUAUAAAAUAAUAUUCGACUAUAAUAUUCGAUAGUUUAUGCUUACUAUCGAAUACUAUUCGAUAGUGCCCAUGACUUAACAGGACUGAAACAGUCGUUGAGUAACCUUCUGUUUUCAAUCAUAUGUUAUCUUAUUAUUAAAUUGUGCAACAGCGUGUAACGGUUUUUUAUUUUUCGCUUUAUUGAUAAUGCUAUGGUAGGUAAUUUGUUUCUUGUUUUUCCAAUUUCGAUAUAUUUAGCCGUACAACACUACUUUUCUGCGAGUAAUGCUUAACAUAUUGUUAUUUUCAAAAAGUACAUUUUAUUUUAUUAAUCGUUACGGUCCGGUUGUGCUGCGAGGUUCCAACGUGCAAACUCUCGCAAAACAACGAAGACAAUUCUAUGUUCUAAUAGAGUUAUAAUAUUUGAAAAUUUAACGUUCAAUUUCUGUUAUCAAUUAUGAUGGAAGAUAUCCAAACUUGGUGGGAGGUACCAAGUAUUGUACAUUUUUGUAAGAUGUUUAAUGAUAUCUGUAAUGGUAUAUUUCCUAUAGAUAUAAAUGAAUUUGAACAAGCAAUAGAAGAUAAUUCAAUUUUAUUGGAGGAUAUGACAAUCCGAUUUAUCAAAAUUUGUGGUUGUCGCGAUAUUAAUUCAAAAAAAUGGUGGAAGUAUAUGAAAAAUUUAUUUCAAACUAAAUGUGUCAAAUACAGCUUUGAAUAUUCACUUGAUUCAGUAACAUAUUUCGAUGAGUUGACUCGCAAACAAAAAGUUGAUACUCUGUAUAUCCUAUGUCAUAUUAUUCUUGAUGUCAAAUCCAUACAAUCUAAAAUGUACCAUAAACGUGAAAUAUGGAAAGAAUUAAAUGUGAAACCUCUUGGUUAUGAUUUAAAAAAUUCAGUUUAUUGGUACUUCGGUAGUACACGACUAUACAAAGAAGAUUUUGAGAAUACAUUUGAUCUAUCUGCUAAUAUUCCAAUAUUACAAAAUACUGCACAAAGUAUUUCUAAUUCAUCAAAUAUUGGUGUCCAUAAGAGCUUUCAUACUAGACCAUACCCAUCAGGAAUAGUAGGGCCAGGAAAAUGGAAUAUGAUAUGUGAUGAUAAUUAUAGUAGUUGGUAUUCAUUAGCUAAUAAUACUGAAUGUAGUACAAAUGAUAAUAUUAGAUCUUUACAUCAGUCAGUUUGUGAAAUUAUUAACAAAUUACCAAAUAUAAAAAAAAAAAGGUUGUCUUACAAGUACCUCAUCAAACAACCAAAGUCCCAAUUAAAAAAUAUUCAAACUAGAUCACUUCGUCCUCUGUUUAAAGUUAAUUAUGAUGAAAAUUCUGAUAUUAUAAAUGAACAAGAUAUACAUUUUAAAAGAAGCAAAAUUAUUAACGAUUGUUCCAUAAUUUCUCAACUUCCCAAAACUAGAAGAAAUACAGAUUUUAGUGAGCACAUUAAGAGAUUGAAUAAUAGAACAUCAAUGAGAUUACAAUUAAAAAACGUUAAUACCAUUAUGAAUCUGAAUGCAAAUGAAACAAAUAUAAAUGAAUCUAAAGUGAACCAAAACGAUUUUGAACAUGAAGAUCAAGUUACUAUUGAACAUCAUGGUCAAGAAAACACUCCAAAUGUUAAUAAGUUUAAUACAAAAUUAAAAACUUGGCAUCAUGUUAGAAACUCCGUGAGACUAGAUGGAUCGAAAAUAUCAUCACUUAGUUGGUGAAUGAAUAAACUAUAAUUCUUUAUAAAUUUAAUUUUUCUUAAUUUAAUAUGUAUUAAUUAAAGUUAUAAGUUUUUAAAACACAAAAUGUGUAAUAUAAUGUAUACUAAAAAUUAAAGUAUGAAUACUGUGUAUAAACAGAAUAUAGUUAUAACAAUUAUUUUA